GAGUUUGGUUCAGGAAUGAGGGGGAAUGGCACCGGGGACAGAUACUGUAAUAAAAAUGAUCAUAUUCAGCUGACUAUUUGAAAUCCAUCUCAGCAUAGUUUCCUUCAACUUUGUCUCAGAGCCCGAAUUAACAACUGUCCAAAAACUGCAAGAACAAAGCAGCUGGCGGGAGAUGAACUCUAAGAUACAAAAUAUAUAAUAACACUGAUCUGGAAGCGUUUUGUUUUUUAAUAUUGGUUUCUAGUUGCGCACUCUCACUCUUUGCCUCGAUGACUACGAUGAAAGCCUGUCCUUUUAUAACUUACAUGGCUCAUUGUACCUUCCCUUUUCUCCUUUUCGGUUUUCCAUGGCUUCCCAUUUGUCUCUGCUCAAACCUCAUCUCUCUUACCACUCAAGAUCUGUUACACCAGAAAACAGACAAACUAUAACCAAUUUGCAUCAACCUACAAGGUGCAGUACAAAGGAACAAGGAACUUAUGGCUUUCCAAAGAAAAGUCUCUUGUGUAGCUUAUUGUCUAGAUGUUACCCUUUGUCAUGGUGGUCUUCAUCUAGAACAUUAUCAUCUACAGUUUGUAAAGCUUAUUCUGGUGAAGCAAGUAGUGAGAAUGGUGCUGCAGUGGCUAAAAUCCAUGACCGUGAAUUCAAAUUUAACCGGGUCAAUUGCCUUGUGUGGGUGCUGCAUGAAUCUGCUAGGAGCUUCUCCCUUGCGAUUGAGGCGCUAGAAUUGACAGGAAGUAGUCCUGGGGUUGCAAUGUCAUGGUCUGGGAAGGAUAUACAUGCAUGGCAUAGACGGCUUUCUUAUCAGGUGGCACUUUAUGCGUUGUUGAAAACAGCGAUUGAAGUAGAAACUUUGCUUUCUAGUGAACGUCAUUACAGUGACUCUUCUCUAGUUAGCGAUAUCUUAACCACAAAGAUCAAUUCAGUUGGUGAACACAUUGAGAGUCAAUUGAACAUGAGGCACUCAGAGUUAGUAGAAUGGUUUAGAGUGGUGGAGUUUCCACGGAUUGCAGGAUUUUUCAUUCCCUUGUUAAGAAAGUGGUCUAUGGAGUACGCAGGAAGUGGUGUAGCAGGGAUAGUUGUGGCUAUCAGCUGCUGCUCUGCAGUGGCUAAAUUGGGUCCUGGGCAUGUAAAGUGUUCUUUUUUCGCAUUUGGUAUUGAGGAUGUUAUGGUAGAGCUCAUGGAUCUCUCACACAGUCUUGUAUCGGUGGAAAGAUUACAUCAUUUGGCCAUUGAGGCAGGAUUUGAAUUGGACUUUCUGUCCCAUUUUGGUAGAAAGGUUCUGCUAAGCAACAAAGGGGAAGAGGUAGAAUUUUGGAUUGGGUUGGCUUAUGAAAAACUUUCAUCAGCAUUUCACAAUGAAAGUGUGAUUCCAGGCAACCAGAAUUUUCAUGACAAGGUUCAAGCAGAUACUUUGGCUACUUUGGGACUGUUUGCAUAUCUUGGAAGAAAGACAAGAUUAUUCUUGUCAACAAUGGGCAUAAACGAUAUUGAUGAUCUACUUAAGGACUUCCUUAGCUACUUGGAGUGUGGUAGCAUUUUCAUUUACCCAGAGUUUGCUUCCAUAGCAGUGUAUCAACAGUUCAUGGAGGUAGUAACUGAUGAAAUUGGAUGGCUUGAUUUUUACGCUGCAUGUCCUCCAAAAAGUAUUCAAGAGAGACGAAAAAGCAAAUUGCAUACGAUUCAGGCGGAAAAAGAGAUUGCACUUUCUGCUGUAUUUACUGUAUGCUAUGAUGUCUACUCUGGAUUUGCUCACUUUUGUCGUUCAACUCAACUGUCCCUGGAUAGUGAUUUGCUAGAAUUUUUGCUCCAGAGUCAGAGCUUGCUUACUAUUUGUUUGGAAGACUACUGGUCUGCCUACGAUAAAUCAAGCAGUGAUUGGUCAAUGAUUGCAGACUGUGGUUGUGUUGCAACCAAGGCAUCAACAAUCGCCACCAAGGUAUCUUUAACAAUGGACGCACAUGAUGUACAAUGGGAGCCAAGUCACUUAAAAACUUCCGGAGAUAGUGAAAAGCAUAGGUCUAAACACAGUCUUCAACUGAGAACGGCUCCAUGCUUGCUUGGGAUGGAAAGCAUAACGUCUAUGGAGGAGGGCAGUGCCAGAAAACAAAGACAUCUCCAUCGAAUAUUGAUUAAAAAGUAUAGUGAUCACUUGGUAUCUACAAGCUCUGAUGUAUGGAUGGGUACUCACUUGCUUUUCAUAGACCUCAUGAGUGCUUUGGAGCUGCUCCUGAAACAAUUGCGUGGCCACAAGGUUUCAAGGAGGGAAAGAAAUAAGUUACAAAGGACACUAAAUGACAUUACUUCACUUGUUCCAGUUACAAUUCUAAUGCUACUUCCUGUAUCUGCUGUAGGUCAUGCUGCCAUUUUUGCUGCAAUCAACAAGUACAUACCAGGCUUGAUCCCUUCUCCGUAUUCUUCUGAGCGGCUUGAUGUUGUGAAACAACUAAAGAGAACCAAGAAGAUGGAAGUUAGGACAUGGAGCAACCUUGAAGAUCCACCCUCUAGAAUAACUUGAGUGAUUAGUCGUCUCGUCACCUCUCCUAGUUAAUAAUGUUGCCUUACAAGCUGCUCCCUCUAUGCCCCGAGUCAGAAUUGUGCAAUUAGUCUCUGUAAAUAGUUUUAUGAAUAAACAUGUAUAAUGACAUAAUGUGAGAGCAUUCAGGCAGGGUGGUCCAUAAUUGCAUACAAUGCAAACUUGUGAUGAACGCGUGAUAGUGAUUAGUCUCUCACCUUAUAGUUUCUUUUGUAAUAUAACUGUUAAGUUUUCUUGGGUCAAAACUCUAGCUACCAAAAGAAGGUUACAUCACUACUACUA